CCUUCAAGAAGGCUCCCUAAUGUGUUAUUAGGCCUACAAUGUGUAAUAGGCCUAGUUAUAUUCACGUGUAUUCGCCCUUUUGGUUUGAGCUGAUCUUGCUUUGCCUAUUCGAGUCUUUUUCCAUGCAAACCCUAUUCUCUCUGGGUUGCUCUGCUCUUAAUGAAAGCACUUUGGGCCCUAGCGCCGUUGUUCUGGUGUCAGCGGCAGGAUAAAGGCUGCCUGGAGGUCUGCUGGUAUGUGGUCUUAACAUGCCAGCCUAGUUUCUGGAUAAUAACAAGGCAUUUCUGUUCUGGAAGGAAAUCUAACGGUUUCCUUCUUAUCCCGUAAGGAGUAGCACUGGGAUUAAUGUGUGAUACUGUUGAAGGAAAGCAUUAAGUGUUAGUUUUAUUGCUGUUAAAAUUAAAAAAAAGCAGAGCAAGAGUUAGUGAAGGCCAUUCCUAUUUAUUUUAGUCGAGGAAAGUGGAUAAAGUGAUAACCUGUUUUCUGUCUAUUUUAGUAACUUUUUUUUUUAAUAUGUUAAACAAAGUCGUGGGAUUUUUAUUAGAUCUUUCAUGUGAAAGUAGUAACUUAAAAAAAUAAUGAGCCAGAAAAUAAAAGAAAUAAAAAUUGCCAUAAUAUCUAAAAGUACUGAACAUAUUAUAUAUACUUUGUAUACUCAGUGUAGUAAUGUGUAACAAUCUAAAUGCAUCUAUGUUCAGCCCAAUCAGGUCUUCGAAAGUUCACUUUGGAAUUGUUUAUUUCUUUGCAGGCCACACAUCAGAACAAGAUUUUGGCAAAGUCUAAAUAAAGACAAUAAAAAGGAAGAUACCAUAUACAUCCAGUGCACUCUCUAACCUCUCUCUCUCUCUCUCGCUCUCUCGCUCUCUCCCUCUCUCUGUCUCUCUCUGUCUCUCUCUUUCUCUCCAGGUUGCCGAUGCCGCUGUAGAGUCCAGUCUCGCGUGACGCUGAAUGAGGAACUCCAGCCUGCACAUGGAUUCCAGGGUUCCCCACCACAUCCCGGGAGUGUCGUCCUCCCUCAUCUCCCAGCCUCUGCUGGACAGCCGGACGCCCUACCCCCACCUGCCGCACCCCGUCACCAUUUACCCCAUCGACCAGAUGAAGUCAUCACACGUGGAGAACGACUAUAUCGACAGCCCGGCGGUGGUCUCCCAGCAGCCCACCCACACCAGCAGCGGCGGCACCCCCAGCAGCCAGAAGACGGCCUCCAGCCGCCGGAUCACCUGGCUGGGUCAGAGUCAGGAGGCCUUCCUGGGCGCCAACCAGAACCACCACCACAACCACCAACACCACAACCACCACCACCACCACAUCCACCCACACCAAGGGCAGGGCCGCUGCGAGCCCCACCAGGACACCACCACCCACCCCUGGAUCUCCUUCAGCGGGCGGCCCAGCUCCAUCAGCAGCAGCAGCAGCACCUCGUCCGACCAGCGGCUGCUGGACCACGUGGCCCCCACGCCCACCGCGGACCAGCACCACCACCACCACCACCACCACCACCACAACCACAACCAACACCACAGCUCCGUCAACACCAUCACCCACCCCAGAACCCCGGGGGGUUGCUUGUCCUCCUCCGACGCCAAAGCCCUCACCUCCUCUUCCUCCACCUCCUCCACCUCCUCCUCCUCCACCUCCUCCUCCACGUCCUCCUCCUCUAAAUCGCUGGAUGCGAAGCCCGGCAAAACACUGGCGCCCGCGGGGUCCCGGCACGCCGGCUCGCCGCCCGUCUCGGCGCUGAUCCCGUCCUCCCCGGCCGAGAAGAAGCACCUGCUGCUGUGCGAGCGGUGCGGGAAGUGCCGCUGCACCGAGUGCACCCUCCCCCGGCCGCUGCCCUCCUGCUGGGUGUGCCACCAGGAGUGCCUGUGCUCGGCGCGGAGCCUGGUGGACGCGGCCACGUGCAUGUGCCUGGUGAAGGGCGUGUUCUACCACUGCGGGGAGGACGAGGACGAGGAGGGCUCCUGCGCCGACAGGCCCUGCUCCUGCGCCGCGGCCCACUGCUGCGCCCGCUGGUCCUUCAUGGCCGCCCUGUCGGCGGUGCUGCCCUGCCUGGUGUGCUACCUGCCCGCCACAGGCCUGGCCAAGCUGGGGCAGAAGUGCUACGACAGCGCCAGCCGGCCCGGGUGCCGCUGCAAACACUCGCAGGGCGGAGGCGUGGGGGUUAAGAGCGGCGGCGGCGGCGGCGGCGGUGCCGGCGUGAAGGCCAAGGUGCUGGGGAAGCAGCCGCAGGGCUCGUGAUGGCAGACGCCGCCGCGCAUGGAACUCUGCUGCAGCGUUGUCGUUGUAGUCGUCAUGAUUGUCGUCGUUGAGAUGGUGGGACAGGGACCCGUAGAUGAACAAUGCUAGCUCUCAAUGGAUAGGACAAUCCCAGAACCCUUAGGCACCUCCCCCGCGCCCCGACCACACCCACCC